AUGGCAGGCCGCAGGCCUGGGGGACCACCACCCAAGCGUUUCCCGGAACGGCUUGCCCUCUUCGCGUUGCUGGCAUUGUUUGGCGAGAGGGUAACGAUGCAGUUUAUGAGCCAGGCUACAGGAUGGGCUGACAAUAUUAUCCUGGCGAUGGCCCCGUUGGGCGUUAUCACCGCCAUCGUUGGUGCCAUUCGAAUUGGUGGUCCGCAUUGGCUGCGAGCCAUUAUCGGGAGAGCCAGAGAGAGCCGCGCCACACAGAUUGUUCGCGUAAUGGGGAAAGCCCCAAUUCGGGAAUUUGUCGUAUUGUUUCUUAAAGAGCAAAACCCGAAAAGCGGGGACGAUGAGAAGGAUGGCUAUAUCCAAGUCAUGGAGUUGCGGGAUGGCGAGAGAGAGCGUGAAGAGAGGAAGCUCUACGACAAGUUUCGAAGAAAGGAGACGCAGGAAAAGAUGCACGGAAAUACAACAGACCAUACCGAAGGAAACGAGGCGAAGACGGCAGAAGAUGAUCCCCGGGAGGAUAUUGGGAGCGAAAGUAAUGGAAACGAGGACAGCAACACACAGGAUCCUAACAAGUACCUUGAGAAACAUGAGAGCAUCAACUUGGAGGAGACUGGCCAGAACGGCCCAGCAAGUUUGGAUGAGUGUAAUCUCAAUCAACCGAUCACCGUGAUCCAGAACGUGACCGCCCAGACGCCAAACCUUACUCUCAAUGUACGAAACAAGCUGGGCCGGGGUGAAUUAUAUUUUGUGGCGGCGACCGGAACUUUCCUACAACUUGGGGUCCUCGUAUUUUCCGGAUUUACCGCUUAUCACCCCCCGUUCAGGCUCGAAUGGCUCAAGAAUGACAUGCCCGUCGCUGACUAUGCCUAUCCUUGCAAUGCCACCGGCACCCUACUCUUAGUAGUUGGCAUGCUGGUAUGUUCUUACGUUGUUGAGAGCAGCACGACAGAAGACAGCUACCGGCCCGCCGAGCACGAGGGACGUGAGGCUCGUGUGGUCUGGCUACAAAGAUCGGGAAUAGUCAAUGACCAGCGCUUCGAGUCCUUUGCGGUAUACCCCCAAGAGCCGUCUGCCUUGAUCACAACAUCAAAGCGGAAGAGAUCUCAGUCCGGCCUAGACCUAGUUAUCACCGUGGUUGGAACAGUUGUUAGCCUGGUCGGUUUUGUCUUGCAGUUCGUUGGCCUGCGCGGCUUACACUGGUCUUCCUCGAUUGCCCAACUCAUCGCAACCGGUAGCAUGGUCAUGCUCCGAGCUUGGGUCCGCCGUAAUCUUGCAACACUGCCGGAGUAUGCCCCGCUACUUCCAGGCCAUGAACUGGAUUGGUUAGCGAUGUCCCUUGGGGCGGACACCGCAAACCCCAUGUGGAUGUCAGGACCCCAGCAUAGGCUCCGACCAUGGAUGUCGGGAGUAGAAUACGACAAUGACAACAGUUCAUUAGCGAUGUCGGCAGCAGCGGAUGACAUGGCCGAGAAUUUGGGUCCUGAUCAACAAAAGGAAGCUACACCACAAGCCACAUAUCUUGGAGUCGAGUGCGAAGCAUCACCGUUCUCGCAGUCAAACAGGGUGCAUCAGUUGAUGCUACAAGGGCCUGCCGCCACUGAGGCCAUUGCUCUGACCCAUGCAAUCGAAAUAACCAUGGAUUCGCUCUUUGGUACCACAAACACAGUCGGAGAUGUUAUCCGUUGGUCUCUACCGGCCAUCGGCCUCCUUGGGGAGAGCUCACACAGUGGCUCUGUCGAGUUCCGCGUGGAGCGAGGUGAGACUGGGAGGUGGAGAGCCUUCUCCGAUGAGAUUGAGGCCGCACUAUCCCUGUGGCUCUAUUCAGUGUAUGAGGAUGAAGACCCCCUGGGGGGCGGAGGAAAGCUGCUGGGGCGAGAAAGUGAGGCAGCGAAGGGCGUACUCGAUAUCAAGCCUCUGCGCUCCGGGGAUGACGCUUGGCUCAGGACGAAAGGGACUCUGGCAAAGCGAAACCUGAAGCUCCUGGGUCCCCAUACGUUAGCCCUCCAUCGAGACCUUCGGUGGUGGGUGCCCGAUUGUGCUGCCCGGGUUGUGGCCGCUUGUGCAGCAGACCCGGGUGUUGAGAUCAGGAGAUUUCUCGCCCCUGAGCCCAACAAACUGGAAGUUGCCGUCCAUCGCGUCGCCGGGUGUGCAUCUAGCUGGAACUACACGGAAAAGACCUCGGUGUAUACUGCUCCUAUACCCCGCGAGGCCAUCCCCAGGGACGAAGAUAUCGAUCCUCAAUGGACCUUGGCGGUUGAGACGCACACCCCGCUAGCAACUUUAUAUUCCCAACACCUCCUCACUGCCUUCAUGUGGGCUGCGGCGAAGGAGAUGCAACCGUUACCCGGCAGUGCGGAGAUUUGGCCAGCCCAGAUGAACGGCACAGCCGAUGCAGGUGCUCCGGAGUGGCAAUCAUUCGAAGUACGAGAUACACAAAUCCAGACUCUAGCGGAGGAUAUCCGAGGUACCGGGAUCGGAACACUAGAUGAUGUCUACCUAGCCAUCAUUCCCCCACUAAGUAUGCACAAUAAGCUACCGCAGCCGGACACCAGCGACUGGGCCCUGCGAUACGUUGCGGCGGCCCAGCAGAGCGGGCAGUGGGAAGAAACCACCGCAGCCUAUCUGUGGCUUUUUCGCGCUGCGAGAACUUUCCCUGGGCACAAUUUCAAUAGGGCGGUGGUUUUGUUAGUGGUAUAUUGGGCAACAAUCAUGAAUGGUAUCAACCGAAGCCAAGCUCUGUACUUGGACCAUCGGGUCCAAGCAUAUUUGCUCAACGCCCGAUCUGCGCUCGAGCAGCUUUUACAAGCACGCCCUAGGAUUAAUGACCCAGACAUGGAAGGAAGGGCACCAUUACAUUAUGCGCUCGUGGGAGGAAACCGAGGGGCAAUGGAGCUGUUGAUUGGGGCCGGCGCGGACAUCAACCGGGCGGAUGUAUGGGGGUGGACUCCAUUGCACCUGGCUGCCCACAGAGGGAGGAAAGACCUUCUCGAAUCCGGGCUGGACAACGAGGCGCAGGACAUCGAUCGGCGCACACCGCUGCAUUUAGCGUCUGUAGCAGGCCGGCAAGCCAAUGUAAAGCGUCUCAUCGAAGCCGGCACCGACUUGUCAAGAAAAGAUGCGUUCGGCGACACGGCACUACACCUAGCGGCCAAACGAGGGCGUGAGCCCGUCGUCCAAUGCCUGGUCGAGGCUGGAGCUUACAUAGAUUCGAAGAACAGAAAAGGCAACACUCCGCUGCAUCGGGCUGCGCAGGAAAAGCACGAUACCGUUGUUCGGUGCCUCAUUACGAGAGGGGCCGAUGCGAAUGCGCAGGAUGUGUUGGGCUGGACACCGCUGCACGAAGCGGCUAAUCAAGGUGAUGAAGCUAUGUUUCAGUACCUUGUUUGA